GCAGCUCUGCUUCCCUGGCUCCUCUCUGCGUCCUCCCUGCCCUGCCAACAAUAUGCGGCUUGCCAGUUUGGUCAGCUCCUGCUCCCUCCUACUGCUAUUGGGGGCCUUGCCUGGAUGGGCAGCCAAUAAUGAUCCGUUUGAGAAGGUCAUUGAAGGAAUCAACCGAGGGCUGAGCAAUGCAGAGAGAGAGGUGGGCAAGGCCCUGGAAGGCAUCAAUAAUGGAAUCACUCAAGCCGGAAGGGAAGUGGAGAAAGUUUUUAAUGGACUUAGCAACAUGGGGAGCCAGGCCGGCAAGGAGCUGGACAAGGGCAUCCAGGGGCUCAACCACGGCUUGGACAAGGUAGCCCAUGGGAUCAACAAUGGCGUCGGACAAGCAGGAAAGGAAGCAGAGAAGUUUGCCCAUGGGGCCAACCACGCUGCUGGACAGGUUGGGAAGGAGACAGACAAAGUGAUUCAGGGGGCCCAUCAUGGGGUCAACCAGGCGGGAAGUGAGGCGGGGAGGUUUGGCCAGGGAGUUCACCAUGGGGUCAGUGAGGCCUGGAAGGAGGCUGAGAAGUUUGGUCAAGGGGUCCAUCAUGCCGCUGGGCAGGCUGGGAAAGAGGGAGAGAAAAUAGGCCAAGGUGUCCAUCAUGGAGUUAACCAGGCUGGGAAGGAGGCUGAGAAGCUUGGCCAUGGAGUCCACCAUGGAGUUAACGAGGCCUGGAAGGAGGCUGAGAAGUUUGGUCAGGGGGUCCACCAUGCCACUGGGCAGGCUGGGAAAGAGGGAGAGAAAAUAGGCCAAGGUGUCCAUCAUGGAGUUAACCAAGCUGGGAAGGAGGCUGAGAAGCUUGGCCAUGGAGUCCACCAUGGAGUUAACGAGGCCUGGAAGGAGGCUGAGAAGUUUGGUCAGGGGGUCCACCAUGCCGCUGGGCAGGCUGGGAAAGAGGGAGAGAAAAUAGGCCAAGGUGUCCAUCAUGGAGUUAACCAGGCUGGGAAGGAGGCUGAGAAGCUUGGCCAUGGAGUCCACCAUGGAGUUAACGAGGCCUGGAAGGAGGCUGAGAAGUUUGGUCAGGGGGUCCACCAUGCCGCUGGGCAGGUUGGGAAAGAGGGAGAGAAAAUAGGCCAAGGUGUCCACCAUGGAGUUAACCAGGCUGGGAAGGAGGCUGAGAAGUUUGGCCAUGGAGUCCACCAUGGAGUUAACGAGGCCUGGAAGGAGGCUGAGAAGUUUGGUCAGGGGGUCCACCAUGCCGCUGGGCAGGCUGGGAAAGAGGGAGAGAAAAUAGGCCAAGGUGUCCACCAUGGAGUUAACCAGGCUGGGAAGGAGGCUGAGAAGUUUGGCCAUGGAGUCCACCAUGGAGUUAACGAGGCCUGGAAGGAGGCUGAGAAGUUUGGUCAGGGGGUCCACCAUGCCGCUGGGCAGGCUGGGAAAGAGGGAGAGAAAAUAGGCCAAGGUGUCCACCAUGGAGUUAACGAGGCCUGGAAGGAGGCUGAGAAGCUUGGCCAUGGAGUCCACCAUGGAGUUAAUGAGGCCUGGAAGGAGGCUGAGAAGUUUGGUCAGGGGGUCCACCAUGACGCUGGGCAGGCUGGGAAAGAGGGAGAGAAAGUGGUCCAGGGGGUCCAUCGUGGAGUUAACCAGGCUGGGAAGGAGGCUGAGAAGUUUGGCCAUGGAGUUUAUUACUCUUCAGGGCAGGCUGGGAAAGAGGGAGACAAAACAGUCCAAGGUGUCCAUCCUGGGGUGAACCAGGCUGGGAAGGAGGCGGAGCAGUUUGGCCAGGGGGUCCACCAUGGGGUCAAUGAGGCCUGGAAGGAGGCUGAGAAGCUUGGUCAGGGGGUCCACCAUGCUGCUGGGCAGGCUGGGAAAGAGGGAGAGAAAGUGGCCCAGGGGCUCCAUCCUGGAGUUAACCAGGCUGGGAAGGAGGCUGAGAAGCUUAGUCAGGGGGUCCACCAUGCCGUUGAACAGGCCGGAAAGGAAGCAGACAAAGUGGUCCAAGGGGUCCACAAUGGGGUCAACCAGGCCGGGAAGGAGGCAGAGAAAUUUGGCCAAGGGGUUCACCACGCUGCUGGCCAGGCCGGAAAGGAAGCGGAGAAGCUUGGCCAAGGGGUCCACCACGCUGCUGGCCAGGCCGGAAAGGAGGCGGACAGGUUGCAGCAGAAUGUUCAUAAUGGGGUCAACCAAGCCGGCAAGGAGGCCAACCAGCUGCUGAAUGGCGGUCAUCACGGCGGUUCCACCGGCCAGACCGGAGGGGCCGCAACCACAUUAGCAUCUGGAGCCUCGGUCAACAAGCCCUUCAUCAACCUUUCAGCUCUGUGGAGGAGUGUCGCCAACAUCAUUCCCUAAAUUGAGGUCCUGGCCUUCCUGAGCAGACACGUUCCUGUUGUCACAUCAGUCGAGAUGACCUGGAGGAGCUGGGGGUGGGGGCUGGAUUUCUGGAGUCCCCUGGGGGCUCUACUGAGACUUGUGAAUAAAUAUGACACAUGUACUCUC